GUGGUGCACAGAGCGGAAAUGGCUGGUGUUGCCUAAAAAGCCUCCCUGGUUGUUAUGUCUAAUUAUGGCUCUGGUCUGACUGGUCUGACUAGUGAGUGGAUGCAGUAAUGUUUGACCAGUAAGGGGACAUCGGUUAGUGAUGAGCUGAACCCGUGGCUCCUUUGUCCAGUAAGGGGACAUCGGUUAGUGAUGAGCUGAACCCGUGGCUCCUUGCCCCGCUUCGCUGACGUUACGACCCUAAGUCUGCAGUGUGCAGUGUUGCUAUGGCGCAGAGAAUGAGACUGAAGCUGAGGACGGUGUUUGUUCUGUACUUCCUGGUGUCUUUGAUGGGACUACUGUACGCACUCAUGCAGCUGGGUCAGCGCUGUGACUGCACUGAACAUGACCUGCCGUAUGAGCGUACCAUCUCUCGCCUGCGGGGGGAGCUCCACAAGCUGCAGGAGAACAUUCGGAAGAGUGAGACCAGCCUUCAAGCCCCCAAACAGGAACUCAAGUCCUCUCUGCCCCCCAUCUAUGUCAUCACCCCCACGUACGCCAGACUGGUGCAGAAGGCCGAGCUGACGCGUCUGUCCCAGAGUCUCCUCCAUAUUCCUGUGCUGCAUUGGAUCCUGGUGGAGGAUGCUGCCCUGAAGACUGCUCUGGUCUCCAAUCUCCUGAAGAGCAGUGGGCUGAGCUAUACACACCUGCACAUGCCCACAGCGCCACAGCGGAAAUUACAUGAGGGAGACCCAAACUGGCUGAAGCCGCGUGGUGUGGAGCAGAGGAAUGAGGGUCUGCGCUGGCUCCGGGAGCACAGGAGAGCAUCACUAGGGGGUGCUAGUGAGCAGGGCAUAGUCUACUUUGCCGAUGAUGACAACACCUACAGCCUGCAGCUAUUCCAGGAGAUGAGAAACACUCAGAAGGUGUCUGUGUGGCCCGUGGGGCUGGUAGGAUCCAUGAAGUACGAGAGCCCCAUGGUGAAGGGAGGAAAGGUGGUGGGCUUCCACACAGGCUGGAGACCCUCGCGCCCCUUCCCCAUAGACAUGGCAGGCUUCGCUGUGUCCCUACACCUGAUCCUGUCUCACCCUGAUGCCUGCUUUGAUGGAGAUGCUCCACAGGGCUUCCUGGAGAGCAGCCUCCUCCAUGGGCUGGUGACCAUGGACGAGCUAGAGCCUCGAGCAGACAAUUGCACCAAGGUUCUGGUGUGGCACACACGCACAGAGAAGCCCAAGAUGAAGAGAGAGGAGGCCCUGCAGGCUCAGGGGCUGGGCUCAGACCCAGCUGUGGAGGUCUGACUUGAGGCUCCUGCUGCCCCUGCUUCUCCUAUAGCUCUUUCUACUGCUGAAGAGCUGAUGAAAUCAACAGAAGAGCAGACUUUACAGGCCUAAAUGAUAGUUGUAUGGGUCGUUAUGUCGAUUACUGAUGGUUCUGCAAAUUAUCACUAGAACUGUUAAGCUAGCAAACACUGAAUUUGUCUAAGCAUUCAGCUUCUUGUUUCUCCUCUUUAGCUAAUGGCAACUGUUAUCUUCUGAAUUUUGGGAUGGAAUUAAUCUCAGAAACAGGGCGGGAUACUUCUAUUGGGUAUUAAUUGUUAAAGCAACAUAUUUAGAUCACCAUACCUUUUAUUGUAUGUUUUAUAAAUUUCCCUUAUAAACUUUCCCUUUUUGAUGCUCUGAGGCUGUGCCUCAAUUCGCCAAAAUUUGCCAUCUGUGCAAAGUUAGAGUGCUUUCAGCUUGUGGGCUGAGCAUUGGACACAAUCUUGCAGCUAACCGUAAUGUGUACGAAUAGGUGUUGUAUCUGCAUUUUUGCAUAUUUUAAUACAAGUGACAAGUGGGGAGGCGCUUGAGAUGUAGACUUGUUUCUUGCAAGCUCUGUACAGGUCCACCCUUUUUAUUUUUAUUUAGCUCUGUCUUUGCGAAGUAUAUUUCUUUUUUCCUCAACGUUGUACGAGGAUGCAUUUUUUAAAAUAAUAGUUCAAAAAUGGUAACUCCAGUGAAACAAUCAUCGGCUGCUCCCAAGCUAGCUCCGUGUUAGCCGCUAAUGUACCAGAGAAUGCGGAGGCUGAGAGCGUGCUGACUACAGUGCUCACAAAAUCCCCGAAGAGUCUAAGGAAAUCCAUAUGUGAGAAGAUUGGACAAUUAGGGGCCCAUCGGCAUCAACGUAUGCAUUCGACCUCUGCAGUUAUAACCUAGGAUGCUGCUAUUAUUUUCAUUUGUCUUUUGUGAGGUCAUUGAUAUGACGGGACAUCGUCACGAACAACAGGUAUGUUAUGUUUUUGUUUUUUGGAGUUUUUUUUUGUUUUGUUUGUUUUGUUUUAUGUUCCAUGUUAGUUCCUUCACUGUAACUGUGACAAUCUAUCUCAUUCCAAC